CAGUGUUCGCGGUGCCUCUGGAAGCAGGGGGGAAGGCUGCUGUGGGAUCCUGGCUGAACAGAGUCCAGCAUCUUGCUUCCUGCUCCUGCACCAUGAAAACCCUGCUUUCUGACCUCCUGCUGCUCAGCCUCUUCUCCAGUGUGUCCAGCACCUGUCAGAAGGACUGUCUGACCUGCAGAGAGAAGCUCCGCCCAGCUCUUGACAGCUUCAACCUUGAGGCAUGCAUCCUUGAAUGUGAAGGGAAGGUCUUAACCAGCCCUCUCUGGACUCCAUGCACCAAGGUCAUGGCCAGGGGCUCCUGGCAGCUCAGCCCUGCUGACCCAGACCAUUUGGCAGCUGCGCUUUACCAGCCAAGAGCCUCCGAGAUGCAUCUGAAGCGAAUGCCCCGCAUCAGAAGCCUAUUCCAAGCACAGAAAGAAACAGAGCCCGGCAUGGAUGAGGCUGGAGAGAUGGAGCAGAAGCAGCUGCAGAAGAGGUUUGGGGGCUUCACCGGGGCCCGGAAGUCGGCCCGCAAGUUAGCCAAUCAGAAGCGGUUCAGUGAGUUUAUGAGGCAGUACCUGGUCCUGAGCAUGCAGUCCAGCCAGCGCCGGCGCACCCUGCACCAGAAUGGUGUCCGGAUGACCCCCAAAACAGCAUGUCUCCAUCCCCAGACCUGCCGGCUGGGCAUCAGGAUUCCUCCCUCCCCACGGCACUGAGGCAUGCUUUGCCUCCAGGUCUCCACCCCCAGGGGGCAGAACCGCCCCCUCUGGUUGUCUCUCCCUGCCCCUCCCCACUCCCAUGGCAUGUUUCAUGACAACACUGUUGCUACAUCAGAGUGUAUUUUUGUAAUCCCUCCAGCUAACGUUUAAACAGCCCCAUCUUUCCUUCUGACCUGCCUCUUCCCUCUUCUAGGGGUGGGUUAAAGGAGCAGGAUAUCAGCCUGGGGUUUUGACUUGUCACUGCCAUAACUUGUUUGUAAAAGAGUUGUUCUUUCUGAUUGUUUCAAACAGAUAUUUCUCCAUUAAACUUCUA